GGAAGUUCGUCGUUACCACGUGAAAACGAGUCGUGUUUUUGAUUGUUUAUGCGCAAACAUUUCGUUACAUUUAGAGACACUAAACAGUUUUGAUCUAAAUGUCGAGAAUUGUUCUUCAGAUUUGAGUGUACUUACAAAAAUAAUGAAAAAGGCAAUCUCUACUAUAAAAAAAAAUAUUGUGAAACUAACCUCGCUUUUUAUAUUAACAUAAACGUUUUGUGUUACCCAAUGAUAAAAUAAUGGAGGAUGUUGCUACUCCAACUCCUCAGGAUCUACAAAGGAAGCUAUACUUUUUAGUAGAGCAACUUCAGCACAUGGCUGGCGAACUUCCUGCAAAAUAUCAAAUGCGACUUCCUUACGAGUUAUUAUCUGGUUUAGCAAAUUCUCUACUGAACGAUACAAUAUUUGAAAUUGUCAAAGGAUUGAUGGAAAUUCAACACGUUACAGAGAAGCAUCUUUUCCAACAACGUCUUCAAUUGUUAAAUCAACAAAAAAUUGAAAUGCAAGAAGCAUUAUCACCUACAUUGACAGAUGAAGAAAGAGUAACAAUAAAAGCAGCAUUGUAUAAAAAACACAGGGAGGAAUUGAAACAAAUGGAUAUGAAACUAGUUUUGCAAUUAGAUCAGAAAGUAGCAGAUCAACAAAGCAUUUUAGAAAAGGCUGGUGUGCCUGGAUUUUACGUAACAAAUAAUCCUAUAGAAAUUCAAGUACAAAUGAGACUAUGCGAUUUUAUCAUUCGACUGAGUAAAAUGGAAGUUCCAAGUUAA